AUGUUUAAAGUUGAGAAUGGACUACGCCUCGAAAUCAAGCAGUUCAUUGGUUAUCAGCAAAUUCGUCAAUUUUCUUCGUUAGUGACCGCUUGCAGAAUCUACGAGGACGAUAGUAAGGCGAGGACCAAUCAUUACAAAAUUUCCAGCGAUAGGAGGAGUAGGGAACAUAGUCGUAGCAAGCCUUAUAGUAGUGUUCCAGCUAAUAAAGGAAAACAGAAACUACAACAUAAUGGUACGAGUGAAAAAGAAACAAGUGGGGGAAACAAUCGCCCUCCUCUGAGGUGUUUUAGUUGUGGUGCUGAGGGUCAACGUGCUUCAGAUUGUAAAGAAGGUGUUAAGUGUUUUAACUGCAAUGAGUUGGGGCACAUUAGUACUAAUUGUCCAAAGCCGAAGAAGAUAUAG